AAUAAUACAGAGACCUUUUUUGUUUUCUCCAUCCUCCUCUUAAUCGGCUUAUCGGAUCCGAAUACGGACCCGAAAGCCCGAUAACCCGACGAUAUAUAGCACGAUGUCCGAUGCUCCGUCGUCUUCUCCGGGUGCCACGGCGUCGCACUGGUGCUAUCACUGCAACAAACGCGUCGUCGUUGAAACGUUAGAUGACUUUGUCGUGUGCUGCGAAUGUAACAAAGGUUUCGUCGAGUCAAUUCAGCCGAUUCCGGCCGCUUAUUCAUCGCCGGCGCCACCGCAGCCACUUUCCCCAGAUCUGACUGUAGAAGACUCCAGUAUUGGCUCGCAUUUCCUCCAGAUGCUCCGCUUGUUAGCCCACGCGCCUUCUCAGCGUUCACCACCACGACACCUUGAUGUGUUAUCUUACGAAGAUGAUUUCUUCAGAUUGGAGCUCAAUAGUAGAACCGAAAUCGACGAAGUUGAAGAUGAAGAAGAUGGAGAUGAAGAAGAAGAGGAGGAUGAGGAAGAGAAUUUAACCGUCAACGACGAAGAAGAGGAAGAAGAUGAUCUGAGGAGGAGAAAUCGAUUUCCUCUAACGACGACGCGGUCGAGAACCGGAAGAAACAGAAUUCUCGAUUGGGCUGAGAUUUUGAUGGGAAUCGAAGACAAUUCGAUUGAGUUCCGUAUGGAAUCAGAACGGUACACAGGAAAUCCGGCUGAUUACAUCGACGAUUCAGCCGGAUACGAAGCUUUGCUACAGAACUUAGCAGAAGGAGAUGGUGGUGGCGGUGGAAGGAGAGGCGCACCACCGGCUGCAAAAUCGGCCAUAGAAGCGUUGGAGACUUUUCAGGUUACUUCUUCGGAGGGAGAGACGGUUAUGGUUUGUGCUGUGUGUAAAGAUGGAAUGGUGAUGGGAGAAACCGGUAAGAAGUUACCGUGUGGACAUUGUUACCACGGAGAUUGUAUUAUGCCAUGGUUAGGAACAAGAAACUCAUGUCCUGUCUGUAGAUUCCAGCUUCAGACUGAUGAUGCCGAGUAUGAGGAAGAGAGGAAGAAAAGAACUUCUACCAUGUCAGAUUCUGCUACUGCUUCUUCUUCGGCUUCUCGUCACUAAAAUGCGGAGGAAAGGUCUCCUCUAUUUGUUGUUCCUUUGUUGUUACUCUUUCUCUUUAGAUUAAAACUUUGCUUAGUCUCUCAACACUGUUUGGUUGGUUGCAUCAAGUAAGAAAACAGAGAACAAAAAAAAAUCUGGCACCAAAAGACUAUUGUUAUUUGUAAGUGUGUUGUAUCUUUGGCCUAAACAAUCCCAAAGUGGUUUUCUUUUGAUUCUCAGUUGUUCAUAA